AUGGUUUAUUAUUUCACUUCAAAUGUUGUGUCGCCUAGUGCCUUCAUUUACGUAGGAAAGGAUAAGGUCGAAAACGAGGAUCUCAUAAAAUAUGGCCUUGAAGAGGAUGUCUGGUUUCAUGCCGAUAAGCUCUCUAGCGCUCAUAUAUAUCUUCGCAUGAAUGAGGGAGAAACUUGGGAGACUAUUCCUCAGGACGUGCUUACAGAUUGCGCCCAAUUGACAAAAGCCAACUCUAUUGAAGGCUAUAUUUCUAACGGUCGAGUAGGGAACAAGAAAGACAAUGUUACCGUGAUUUAUACACCGUGGUCGAAUUUGAAGAAAGAUGGUAGUAUGGCGGUCGGACAAGUGUCCUUCAAGGACAACAAGAAGGUCAAGAGAAUAAUUGUCACCCAACGAGAAAAUCCUAUAGUCAACCGUCUGAAUAAGACGAAAGUAGAGAAAUUCCCAGAUCUCGGAAUGGAAAAAGAAGAGAGACUGAAAUCCUUGCGAAAGAAAGAUCAGGCUUCAAAGUUAGAGCGCAAGAAAGAAGAAGCCAAAAUAGCUCAGGAACGGAAAGAGAAGAAGUGGCAGAAGGAGCAUGCCUAUGAUGAGCUGUUUACUGGCGAAGAUCCUGAGGAAGCAAAUAAUCAGUAUCAGGAUGGGAAUGACUCGGAUGAUUUUAUGUAA